AUGCACACCUGGACCGCUGACGAGAUCCUGAGGGGGGCCGCCUCCAGGCCGUACGCGCUCAUCGUCCUCAACCAGCCCACCACCCACCACCUCCUCCACACCGCCUGGCACGCCACCGCCCUCCACUUCUGCGCAGACGGCGGCGCAAACACCCUCUACAACCUCGACCACCGCCGCAACAGGUACAUCCCCGACCUCAUCAAGGGCGACCUCGACUCGAUCCGCCCAGAGGUCAGAGCCCACUACGCCUCCCUCAACGUCACUAUCAAGCAAGACAGAAGCGAGUAUGCCACAGACUUGAUCAAGUGCAUCGAGGAAGUACCCGAGGACCACUCGAUAGUGCUGCUAGGCGGCUUGAGUGGCAGGCUCGACCAGACUGUGCAUACUAUGGGCGUCUUGCAGAGGACAGAGAGGGAGGUUUUGGUGCUCGACGGCGAGUCGUUUGCGUGGUACCUUCGGCCGGCAAGUACGCCCCACUGCAUACAUACAGGCCAACAUGUCAUCAAUAUCGACCACAAUACUAUGGGCCAGACUUGCGGUAUACUGCCCGUCGGUAUCGACUCUGCCCACGUUAUCACCAAGGGCCUGAAAUGGGAUGUCGACUGGGAAACGUCACUGGUAAACAACCUAUCAACAUCGAACCACCUCUUGCCCGAGAACCCUUCCGUGUACAUAGAGACAGACAAACCUAUAUUGUGGACUGUAGAAGUAAAAAAGCCAUAG